AUGCUCCCGUUAGCGACGACAAGACACUGGGUGGGGCUUACGCUCAAACACGCCCAUCCACGCUGGAGGGCGACGCUCGCUAGGCACUUCAUAGCGCUGAUAAUCCUCGGCCUGUUCGGAGCCAUCUCAAUCUCAAUAGUCUCCUCAGAAACGCGAGCAAAGGGCGUGGCCGAGAUCACGAAAGAGGCCGGUGCGAGCGUCUUCAACCAGACACUGCCCACAUGCGACUCCAGCAUUGCCUUCGUUGACGCGGAUUUUGAUGGUGACGGCAUCCCCAUCGGCAUUUCGACACAAAUCUGCUUCCUCAUUGCCAUCGCCAUCCUCGGCACUUUUCACUGCAAGGCCACAGGCGCCAAGGAGCUGGGAGCCGGCCUGGCCGUCACGCAUUUUUCCCUCGCCGUGGCUCUCUUCGUUCAGUACCGCCGUGACACGCUGCGCCCGGCCGAUGGCAUCAUCGGCUGUAUGAUUUUGGACGCGCAAAAUGCGGCCCUGCUAAUCCAGCUGACGACCAAAGAGACGCUGGCCGCGCGAUGGCAGGUGGGCAUCAUCGCCGCCUGCCAGCUUACGGGGUUCGCCGUCAUCCCCUUCCUCGUCCAAGGGUUCCGGAAGGGAGUCCUUGGGGCCGCUCGCUCUGACUGCAAGCAGUGUCUCUCCGUGUGUUGGUGGGCUUUCUCCCGCAACUGCCCCUCCGUGUCCGCGGAGGGCGACAACGAGUUGAUUCGCGACAUGAUGGUGUUCUGGCUGUAUUACGCCUGUCGGUGUGUCUGCGCUGUACAAUCAAUCUUUCUCGCUGCUGUCAAUACACAGCACUUUCAUCUGGCGGAAAAGGACGACAAGCCCUUGAACGGCAUCACGUUUCCACACAUGGCGGUCUACCGGCAUCGGACGAGACCGGGCAUUGGCGCUCAAAGGUCAGCCUUUUCAUUAUCGCCAAGCGGUCGUGUUCUGGACGAGCCCGCAAUCGUCGGCGAGGAGGCGUCGCGGGAGCUCAAACAACGCGCCUCAUGA